CGGCCCCGGCCCCAUGCUGCGCUCCCUGCUCUCCGGCUGCCUCUGCCCCCACGCAGCAGGUAAGAAGAGCCCACCUGCUGAGGACAAAGUCGUGCUAACACAUAUGAAGAUACUGAGCAAUGAAGGAAUUCAAAACCCAGGUUUAAUCCCAGAGGCUCCAGCUGACACAGCCUGCACAGAAGAGUCCCAUCUCCCCAGUGCCAGCCUCCCACCGGGCUGCCAGGGAAAUCCGAAUGCAGCAGCCGCACUGGCAGAUGCAGACUACGCAGAUGCCCCGGCAAGUACAGACUAUGUAGCCACACUGCCUGACCUCAGCGCCUUCGAGUCCAAGUGCCGACUUCACAGAUUCUCCAAAUUUGAAUCCGAGGACUCGGGGGUUGAAUUGCCAAGCGGGGCUAAUUCUCCGUCAACGCCGACGGGUUCAGAGAAGAGCUUUGUGCUUCACAGCAGAGACUCAUUUUGUGACUCAGGCGUGCUUAGCACUUCUUCUUCUCCAGAAAUUGACCAUCUGAUAAUGAGAACAUGUAAAGAGCAUGCCAGAAAAGUCAGCCACCAAGAUCCAGAGAGCGAAAAGCAAGCCGAGUACUACAGCCAGGAGGCAGAUGCUGUGCAGGGUCCUACAGCUUCCCUUGAAGACUUCAGUGUCCCUCAGGAAGAAAGUCCCGAUGAACAUUUUGACCAGAGCAAAAGGCAAUCGCUGGAAAAGGAAGCUACUCCAGAGACGGACCUUCCCAGGGAAAGCACUCUUCCCACCCCAGGUCCCAUAGAAGAGCCAAAGACAAUUGCUGACAAUUUCCCAGAGAACUUUGGCAGCAUGCAAGACCUUCAGAUCCAUGGACAUCAGCUGAAGAAGUACCCCACAAGCGACAGUCUGGAUGAAUACAUGGAUGAAUGCUGUAGACUGAGUGAGGUGAACCAAGGUAACAGCAAAGCCCUGGGAUCUGGUCUGGGAUACCUGGAACACAUUUGCCAACUGAUUGAGAAGAUUGGGCAGCUGCAGGAGCACAACCUGCGUCUCCAAAAGCAAGUGUGCAGCUUGCAGAAAGAGCAGAAGAUGAGCCAGAUAAAAGAGGAGUACCUUCUGCAGCAUUGCUCCUGUGGAGCUGCCAGUGUCUUCCUCAACUCGUACCAAGACAUGAAGACGUUUUUUGCUGGGAGGAGCAGACCUCACAGCCUCUUGGUUCAGACUGGAAACCCUUCUGAUCUUUCCAUCAUCCCAGAAAUAGGAGCGAACGCUGAAAAGCUGAGCAGCUGCAAUGGAAGCGAGAGAUACCCGGAAUCCGGAAACAGCCAGCCGAUGGUGGGGCUCAGGAAGUCGUCAAACAAUAGGAACAACAAGGAGAAUGAGUACAGAGAAGCUGGUGGUAUGGCUGAGGGACAGGCUUUUCCGUCAAAGGACCCUGCAGUAAAAAAGGGUCUGGACGUCAGCAAGAACAUCUCGGGUGAGAGCCAUGCUUGGGGGAGAAUGAGAGAUCUUAUGAGGAAGACACGGCUGAGAAACCAGAACAAGCUGGGGCUGUCCUCUGCUGCUCUGAAGAGGUCCUGCCCACAGUUGUACAGGCCAGAUAUUAUGUCUUCGGAGCUGAGGAAAACUGAGAGGAACUCCAUGAUUGUUCUGGGGCAGAAUACAAAGAAUGAAAACAUAUGGCCUUUCUGAUAACCUGGGUCAAAUGGAACAAGAAAGGCAAAGUAAGAACACCAAUGGACACAAAACCAAGAACCCCAGGGUUACUUUGUGCAACCUGCAUCCUACGGUUGUCAACAGAGCAACUCCGACUUGAGCGUUGGAAGGGAAAGAGGGAAGGGGGAGGUUGAGAAGGGUCUGUGGACAGAUGCAUGCUCAGCUAUGUACGGCUUCGCUUCUGAAUCUGAAGUAUACUUACAAAAGUCAAGCCACAGAUGAAAAUUGCUGUUAGCAUCCUGGCAACGUAACCAACAGAGACUUUUAAGUAAGAUUUGGAAAUUCUUCUUCCUCUCUGGGUUCGGAACAAAAUUACCUGAAGCAUUGAAGCUUUUAAAUUAUCAUUGCUUUCUGGGGACCUUCUCCAGCUGAAAUAAACUUAAGCUUUAUGGGACACAGCAGCAUCUAGAAGAGUGCCAGGGACUCCUUGCCUUGUGCAGAAGUGGCUGUUGGAAGGACAGCCUCCUCCCUCUUGGGGGGGGGGUUGAGUUGCAGUCUCUGCUUGUCCCCAACACGGCUCCUCCCUUCAGAAGAGCAUCUGGCCAGCUGUGCCAUUUUACUGGAAUCCAACAGGAAAACCAAGUCUGUAAAGCCAAGACUUCCUACAAGGCCAUUCCUGAAUCCACCACUAGCUUCCCAUCCUGUGGGCCUGCUCCUUCCGCAGACAGAGGCCCCUCGACUCCGGUGCUACCCUACACAGAAGGUGGCAUCGUGCAGGCUCAUUGCAGAGACCAGAGCGAGGGGCACCGCGGGAAUCAGCCUUUCGAGAGACUGGAGGGUGCAUCCAAGGCAACACCUCAGCUUCCCCAGGCAGCCCAGCUCUUGUGCUAUCAGCCUUUUGCAGGGGGGGAACCAGGCUUGAAUUCCUACUUUUAAGUUACAAGUUAAGUCCUCUGGGUGUGCAGGUGGGGGCCCGACGCUGUAGGUGGGGUAGUCAUGCUGCUGUAUGGCUCAGCCUGUGCUCUCUCUGCUGGGAAAAGGCAAGAGGGAGAGCAGAGCUGCAAAGAAGAGUUAUUCAAAUACAUACACCCUUAAUAAGCUGCUGCUCUUUUGGGCCACGUUAACAACUGCGUAACACUGACCGUGUUUGGUGGCUGCCUUAUUGCCACACGUCCACUGAUUCCAGACUCAAGGGACAGGCAGCGCAUGCUUCUGAAGGUCCCAUGGUUGCAGUGGUCUCUGCACACCAGCUCUUAUUGGUACUAGCACAGUAAUUAAUCCACAUGGAGUAAAGAUUUAAAUAAACCAGCUUUGCCUCUUAUUAAAAGAUUAUUCUACUCCCUAAAUGACAAUAUAAUUGCAAGUCAAGCAAUUGCUGUUUAAAAAUCCCUCCCCAACCCAAACUUGCCUGGGAACCAAGAUUUGAGAAGCUGGCAGGAAUGGAUCAACUUAGCAGACUUAGCCUUUCAGUAACAGACGCUUCCCCCUUGCUUACCCGGAUCAGCUGGAGCCCUUGGAGUCCUCAAAACCAGAGCGGGAUCUCUUCUGAGAUUCAAAAUACCCCAGCCGUGCUCUCCCAGGGCAGCUGUAGUUUGCAGGGGUGAGCAAAGUCAGCAGCCCAGGCCUGGUUCUCCAAGUACUCAGAAGGGUUGUUACUGUUACUUAGUAUCUCAAAAAAAAAAACCCAACCAAAACCACCAAAAACACCCCAGACACCCCAGUCUGUGCUGACUCAAAGUUAGGACCCUGAAAUAGGUGCUGUGUUUAAUGUUUCAGUUGUAGCUGCUGCUGCGGGAACUUGGUUAUUCACUGUGUAUCUUGCUAGCUUCAUCCAAAGCUAGAAAGAUUUAUAACUUGAUUAUUCUGUGAAUAGUCUGUAUAUCUCCAGAAAUACAGGGGACUAAAAUCCAUUAUCCCUCCAGCUUUACAGAGACUGUAAGGAAUGUGAAUCAGUGCAAACUGAAUUUAAAGUGUUUUAAGACAUAGCAUCGUGAACUGAUAUUCCCCCCCUGCUCCAUUUACAUUAUAGGUUUUUUUUUCUUUUAAACUAAAAUGAACUAGCACUCUUUUUUAUUACAGCAUUAUAUGAAAUAUAUUCAUGUAUUUUCAGAAAUAAAUAUAUUUAUAACAUGUAACAUACUGUAUAGUUCUCCACUUCAGGAUGCAUUGUAAUACAAGCAUAAGGAAUUUAAUAAAAGCAUCACUUAUGAU